AUAUGCGAAUUCUUCCAUUCUUUCUGAAAAUUUGUGUGAAAAAACUUUAUUCUUUCGCAUUGAUUCGCUAAAUUUUAAAUAUUUUAACUUUCGACGGCUAUAUUGUGUUUUAAGCGGAUGCCUAAUUUGUUAGUUAAAGCGGAUGCAUGUUGAUGAAAUUGUUGAAUUGUUUAAAAGAUAAAUUGUGAGCGUAAGAAAUCGAAGAAAGAAAAAAACAUUGUGAAGGAAACAUGAAUGAUGAAAAAAAGAGUAUUUACCAAGAAUAUACACAAAUUCAAGAAAAAAACCAAUGGAUGAUCGUUUAUCAGAACAUCAAAGACGCAAGCGAAAUCGAGGCAAGAAAAUGUAAUUACACUAUAAACGAAUCGAAAAAAAUACAAAAUAAGAGCUUUAACAGAUAUGGAGAUGUAAAUCCUUAUGACCACUCUCGAAUUGUUCUAAAGAGGCCGAAUAUAGACACUGAUUACAUCAACGCUAAUUUGGUAAAAUUGGAACGAGCCAAACGACAAUAUAUAUUGUGCCAGGGUCCCCUUCAAAGUACAAUUGGUCAUUUCUGGCUCAUGGUGUGGGAGCAACAAUCAAAAGCAAUUCUUAUGCUCAACAAGCUCAUCGAAAAGCGACAAAUCAAAUGUCAUCUGUAUUGGCCGAAAGGUGAAGGACAAAGGCUUGAACUGCAGGAUGUCGGAUUAAUUGUUGAAUAUAUUUCGGCUGAGAAUUAUAAAAAUUUUUCGAAGCGUCUCUUUCGCAUCACCGACAUAGAAUCGACAAAAUCAAGAGACGUCAUUCAGUUCCACUACACUCAAUGGCCAGAUUUUGGUGUUCCAAGUUCGCCAAUUGCAUUCCUGCAAUUUUUAAAGCAGGUUCGUGACUCAGGCGUUCUCGAUGAGAAUGUUGGUCCAGCUGUAAUUCAUUGCAGUGCUGGCAUUGGGCGAUCAGGAACAUUUUGUUUGGUCGAUUGUUGUUUAGUUCUCAUCGACAAAGAAGGAGAAAGUCGUGUUUCCGUGAGAGAUGUUUUACUUGAAUUACGCAAAUAUCGAAUGGGUUUGAUUCAGACACAUGAUCAGUUAACAUUCUCAUACCAAGCUAUCAUUGAAGGAAUGGAACGAAUAAAUAAUAAAACAUUUGAUGAGUUGGAUAUACUUGAAAUUGCAACUGGUAGUGAUCAUGAAGAAGAGAAUUCUCCUCCACCUUUACCACCACGAACAUCAUCAUUUCCAGUUCAUGAUCGGCCUUUGCCGACAUCGCCCCUUGAUUCGAGCCGUCAAUUAGAACAAAUUUCCGAGCCGAGUGAUCCAACAUCAUCUGAUAUAUCAGAGAUCGAUGAAGAUGAUGAUUCAUCUGAUACUGACACUGAUGAUGAUGAUGAUGAUGAUGCUAUUGGUGAUGAAACAAAGCUCACAAAUGGUCAAAAUCGUUUCGACGCCAAUUCAAGUUUACCACCGGUUCCAAAUGGAACAUUAGAUUUAUCAAUACCUUCGGAUAAGCAAAGAUUCAGUUCUGAUGAUGAAAAAAAUCCGAAAGCUGGUGAUAGUAAGAACGCAAUGCGUCAUCGUAAUCGAGCUGCCCGACAGUCGGCAAUGCAAGAUAAGAUUCGUGAGAUCAAAAGAAAGCAGAAAGAAAGCGAGAGCAAAAAGGUUUCAUCGACGAAAAAACGCAGGUCACUAAUAUUAUCCAUUGGUGUUUUAAUUUUAUCAGUUGUCGCUUAUUUUUAUGUGAAAUCUUAAACAUUUCCUUCUUUCGCGUGAAUCUUUAAAUCGGUAAUUAUGAUUAAAAUUUAAAAGAAAAGAAAAUGAAAAAAAACCAACAUCAAAUUAAUUAAUUCACAAAGCAAAAAAAUCCAAUAAACGUAAUAAAAAAGGCUUCGUUUUAGUUUAGAUCAUUUUGUCAUCUAACUAACUUUUUAACAAAUCAACAUCUUCAUUUCGAAGUGCUGCUAAAUAAUUUCUUUUUCGUUAAAUUAAAUUAUCUUUCUUCUUUAAUUUAAUAAUCAUUAUAAAUCUUUGUUUUCUUUCUUUAUCUCAUCAAUACUUGAGUGUAUGUGCAGCAAUUGACCAUAAGAAGGUCGUUUAGUGCUGUUACUCAUGUCAUUUUCAUAAAUCACAUUGUAGAGCUAAGAAAGUAAUUAAAAUUCUGAUGUUAAGAUGUGUCUCCUUUUCCUAUUGAACGUUGCAUGAUGAUUACUUUUAAUGAGCUUGAUAACGCGCAACUUUUUUUUUUGUCGUUUAUUUUUUAAGACAAGAGGAUGCAAAUUAACGAUUAUAUGUUGAUGAAUAACAUUAACAACUUUAAAUGUACAACUUAGAGUCACACACUCGAUUGACGUUUAGACUAGAAUUUCUCAGUGAUUUGAUGAAAACAAAAUAAAAAAAAGAGAAAAGGAAGAAAAUAACAAAGAAAUUGAAACAAAAAAAUAAGAAAAAACUUCUUUAAAUUCCACAGCAAUUUACUGCUUGAUUUCGUUCCCAAAUAACUUUAAAAGAGAAAUAAUUAAUUUCCGGAGCAAAGAAAGCCAAGCAGAGAAUGAAAGAAUAACAAAAAAAAACUGAUGAAAUGAAUAUUUUUGAUAGAAAACUCUUGUAUACUUUAUAGUACAUUUUAAGUAAAUUUGGAGACAAACUUGAGAACAUUUUAAUUCACUGAUAAGCUCUUAAAGAUUCAGAAGAAAAUUUUAAUAAUGGAAACAUGAAAUGAAAACAAAACAAAUAAAUCUGAUAAGCAUUAAUGUAUAUAGAAUGCAUUUAACUUACGUUUAAUAUUUAUACAUGCAAAUUAUGGAUUGAGAAUUUUUAUAAUUGAUAAGUGGAAAAUUAAUUUGAUUGGAUGAAGAAGUGGGAACGUUCACAAAUGAUAUAAUUAUAAUUUUAAUAUUCUCACAUCUGUCAAGUUUUCCACGAAAAUGAAAGACAUUAGAUUUUCUUUUUCCUUUAAUUUCCUCCUAUUUUUGGAUUCGAUAA